CUGUCAUCAAUUAUUGUUCAGACCAAAUCUUUUGCAUCAAACCAAAAUGAAGGGAGUGCAGCGGUUCAACAGCUUCGCCAAGAGCUGGAAGCAGCAUAUCAGCAAAAUGAGAACUACACGAGGGAAAGAGAUAGUUUGCUUGCUGAAAUUGAUAAGCUCACGGCGAAGAUUGAGAGCGGCUCUCAGUCUUCUAAAGAAGUCGGAGAACGGCUUUCAGUGUCACAGGCUGAAAUAGCUCAAAUGAAUGAAGAGAAAGCUUUAUUGGAACAGCAACUGCAGGAUGUAUUGACUGAAAAAACAGUGCUUCAAGAAUCAAGAAAAGCACUUGAGAUUGAGAUGGAUUCCAUGCGUGACAAGUAUGAAAAUGAGCUGAAACAGAUUCAGUCGCAAUUAGCUUCACAACCUGGUCCAUCUACUGAUAUAUCGCAACAG